AUGAGCCCUAACAGAGAUACACCUACGCCGAAAAAACGAGAGUCGCGCGCGGGGACUCGCAAAGUGACCUCUUUGUCUGCCGAACAGUUGGAGAGAAAACGGGCGAAUGAUCGAGAGGCUCAAAGGACCAUCCGGCAGCGGACAAAGGAGCACAUUGAGAACUUGGAGCUGCAGGUCGCGGAACUCAAGGCAAAAGGCCAACAGUUUGAUGAAGUUGUAAGGCGCAAUGCUAUCCUGGAGGACGAAAUUAAUCGACUACGGAAUCAACUGGCGAUAGUGGGUGGCAGGCCAGGGUACUCAGAUCCUCAUACAUCCUACAACAGCCCACCAGCACCUUCGCUUCCUCCACAACUACCCGGGCCGCUAGGCCUACACCCAGCAUCUCGAGCUCCAUCCGUCCUAUCGACGCCAAGUCAAGUAUCUCUCGCCCCAGACUGGCAACACUACAACUCAGCCCGGUCGCCUUCAUCCCUCUGCGAAACAUCAGAGACAGAAUAUCCGAACCGGGUUGAGUCAUACAUGCUGGGAGGGCAACUCCAAGCCCCCCAAAUCCCAUCCCAAGCACCAGCUUCGAUGUCCGUUGCACCGCCGCAGAUUCCCGGCUUCAGUGCCUCUGGUGGCACUCGUCUACCAGAUCCAACGACCCCGUCCUACCCGCAGUAUUACCCAACUAGCAAUCCGCACCCGAGCCACGGGGAUGACUUGCCGCAGCACAGCCCUCAGCCGGGUGCGAUGGCGUACGGUGCUGCGCCGCGGUCGAUGCCUGAUGCGUCUAUCCCACCACCGGACAAGGGACCUGGCGAGUAUCCAGUUUUUCCACAGCAGCAGUCGCAGUUUCAGAAUGCCCUGGGCCGACCACAGGGGAACCAUUCGCAGUACACUUACCCUUGGUACCAGCAGUCUUGA